UAUAACAUGGACCAUGUGAGAACACUCAAGCAGACCUUGCAGAGCUGGAGAGAGCAGAUGAUACUCAAAUCACUCUGACCAGGAAGGACAGGGAUAGGAAGAGUGCAAUGUGGGAGUGAAUGAGAGAAAUCAUAAGGCAAACAUGGAAGUUGAUUGUGUAUGGCCGAAGCGUCCAGACUCACUGGACUUGAUGUUGGACCUGCUGGACAGUGAAUUAAGGAGCCUUCCUAGUCUGCAGAGCAAUCCGGCAUCUGCAUCAACAUCACUUAACUCCACACCAUCCCAGCAACGCCAUAUCCUAGGGACACAAAGCCCACAUGACCAGCAGGACUCAGUGACCAGCUCUCCAUUGUGUUCGUCAGAGACGUCCCCCUACCCCUCACCUGUGACCUCCCCUACAGCAUCGCCUGAUCAGUCCCCUGAACUGGUGCAUGGCAGUGGUGCACGCCCAAAGGUGCAGAAGGUGUGCACUCCCCGUGAGCAGACAGAACUUGAAGCUAUAGACGCUUGCAAGUGGCUGCGAGACUGUGGGUUUCCUCAGUAUGCUCAGAUGUAUGAAGAUUCCUGCUUUCCUGUGGAUAUAACGUCAGUGGAAACCGAUCACGACUUUCUUGACAGGGACUCUAUACAAUCAUUGAUUCGACGACUCCGGACACUGAACAGAUGUGCCAGCAUGAGGAUUGAAGCUCCAAGGCCGCAAGUGGUGGAUGACUCUGAUGAAGAUGAGCAGUGCGCCAUCAGCAAUAAGUGGAAGUACCAGCGCGUCAGCCGGCGCUGGUCCCGACUGGAGGACUUCUCCCAGGUACCAGAGGUGACAGUGGAUCUGGCGCCUGUCCAGUCCUCAGACAUUCCCUCCCAACUGGCCACAUCCUACAGUAGUUAUGACAGUGUACUGACUGAUAGUAGUGACAGGGUGGAGAGCCACAGCUACACUAGCGCCAGCAGCUUUGAUAGCCAGACCGGGGGCUACUUGCGCAGCCCUGGGAUCAAGACCUCAAGAACUGUGUCCAGCCCGAGGACCAAAUCACCACAUCCCACAGACUUUCCUGGACUACUCCCAGUCACGAUAGAAAUUGAGCCAAAAUCACCCCCGCCAAAUGACAAUGGUAGGGACCACCGGGGAGUGAAGGGGCUUCUGAAAAGGAUGGACACAUUGAGGCGAAAGCGAAGUCGGAGUUCCAGCAGGAAAAGGACCCCCAGCAAGGACCGUGUUGUGAUCAGCGGGCCAGUGCUUCAGGAGAGCACCAUGAAUCAAGCCAAGAUGGACCGGCUGAACUGUGUAGAUGUGAGAAAGACUGAUGAGAAUUCCAACGUGCAGGGGAAGCUGGGUGAGGUAGUGAGGAGACAGCCUGGGCAGGCGGCGAGCCCCCACUCAAGGAGCCGACGAGAAGGAUGUGUUUUUGAUGACGAUAUCCUAAACAGUUUGAAAAACCCAACUCCCAAGUACAGUCCCAACACCUACAACAGGCGAAACGAGUCUCUCUCUCGCCGUGAAGCCCUCAACAGAGGCAGUGUCGUUCGGAACGGUUGCAUUUCCACAGCUCGCGGAAGCAUGUUGAACUACCAUACUGGAAGUUUCAACCUCGGUAGCGGUACAUGCAAGGACGUUUGGCGCCCGGUCAUUAAGAGACAAGCCUCAGAAGACUCUCUAGCAACCCAUAGUAUCUAUGACAACGUUCCCACGUCAUCGUUGGACACGGCAGGAGACAUCGCAGCACCACAGGACAAGGUUGCUGCGGUGGAGGAAAUCUUGCAGAGCAUCAGCGGACUGAGCGAGGAAAUCAUGUCCAUGAGCCUGUCAGACUUUGAUGAGGACAGUAGCCAUAACCCCAGCAGUGCCCCUCCCACACUGUCGCCCCUGCACCAGCAGGUCCGGCUGGAGAUACAGGACAGGCCAGCGUUCCCGGACAGUGACAUGGGCACGUCCAGCUCAUGGGACGAGCUGGAGGUGAGAAGAGGAGUCACGCAGAAACCAAAGGACUCAGGAAUUGAGACGACCUGUUUGAACAAGCUUGCUGUUGGCCGGCGGUCGCGGGUGCAGUGGCACAGUUUCCAGAAGUCGCAGCACCCCCUCCUGCAGGUCCAGCCUCUCGAGGUCCAUGUCUUGUCGGCAGGGCAGCUUCUUGUCCUGCGCAAACUGUCACUCCUCAAGCUCACCGCUCUGAUGGAGAGAUACUCGCCGUCCAACCGUAGUGGCUGGAACUGGGCGAUGCCACGUUUCAUGAAGAGAAUACGUGCUCCUGAGUAUAAAGAUAAAGCAGUGUUUGGGAUCCCCCUUCUGCACGUGCUCCAGCGUACAGGCCAGCCCCUCCCACAGUCCAUCAUCUACGCCAUGGACUACCUGCGCAGGACAGCCAUGGACCAGGUCGGAAUCUUCCGCAAGUCCGGAGCCCGCUCCCGCAUCCAGGCCCUGAAGCGCAUGAACGAGACCAAUCCAGACACCCUCAGCUACGAGGGAAUGAUGUGCUACGAUGUGGCAGACAUGUUGAAGCAGUACUUCCGCGAAUUGCCUGAACCGCUUCUUACGAACAAGCUGUCCGAGACCUUCGUCAGCAUCUUUACACGUCUGCCCACGGAGCUGCGUUUACAGGCCAUGCAGGCCGCCAUCAUGCUGAUGCCAGACGAGAACCGUGAAGUUCUGCAGACCCUCCUGCUCUUCCUGCGCGAGGUGGCCCAGAACGUGGAGGAGAACCAGAUGACCCCGUAUAACCUUGCCGUGUGCUUUGCCCCGUCCCUUUUCCACAUCGCUGGCCCACGCCGUGGCGAUCACUCCCUCACAAGGAGACACCGCUCCGGACGGCCUAAUGAGAAGGAACUGAGUGAGAAUGUGGCUGCCCACGAGUGUCUCAACAUGAUGAUCACUGAAUGCGAGGAGCUUUUCCAGGUCCCAGAAGACACCAUGAUGCAAUGCCGGUUCACCUACAUGGAGCAGGGCGACCCCGUGACCCUGGACCAGCUGGGGCGCAAGAAGUUUGACGAGAGCUCUGAUUGGCACAACUACAUCGAGAACUGCAUCCAGGGGCUGCUGAAGGAAUCUCGAGACAAGUUCAAGGGCUGGGUGUCGGUGUCCUGCCCAAAUGAUGUGGAGCUCACCUACAAGAAGGUUGGUGACGGCCACCCUCUCCGCCUGUGGAAGUGUGCCGUGGAAGUCGAGGCUCCGCCUGUGGAACUGCUCAACAGGGUGCUGAGAGAAAGGCACCUCUGGGACGAGGACCUGAUAAAAUGGCGUGUUGUAGAGAAGCUGGACAGACAGACGGAGGUGUUCCAGUACGUCACCAACUCCAUGGCUCCCCACCCCACCCGGGACUACUGCACGCUGCGGUCCUGGCGGACGGACCUGCCCCACGACACCUGCGUACUGGUGGAGACGUCCGUGAAACACCCGGAGGCUGCAAUAAUGGGAGGGCUGCGCGGGACAGUGCUGGCAUCACGGUACCUGAUCGAGCCGUGCGGGUCGGGGAAGUCCAGACUGAUACACAUUGUCAGAAUAGACACAAGGGGUCGCUCUCCUGAGUGGUACAACCGGGCGUACGGCCACAUCUGUGCCGCUCACGUGGGGCAGAUACGAGACUCCUUCAGGCACUCGAACGAGGGACCAGAAACAAAGGUCUAGUCAGGGGAAGGACCAGAAGUAUUAAGCACUAAUUUAUAGACAAUUUUGUACACAUGACUGAUGAUCCUUGUACAUACUGAUCUGUUGGUACAUGUGGAGAUGCACUGAGGAUUCAAGAGAAGCCAUAGUAGUGAAAUGCAAUACUAAGUAGUACCUUAUAUAUCUGAGUCUCAGACAGUAUUAUAUGUACAGAUGUAUCAGUGACAUGGAAGUUCAGGAGAGAUUUGAGCUUUAUUAUUCAUACUGUGCAGUCAGGGUAUACAUUCCAAACAUGAACUUCCUAUUACUUAUUCCAGAGUCUGAGACAUAACCCAAGACAGGUCCUAUAGUACCGACCUGCCUUACGUAAAGCUGACAUUACUAGUUAGCAGUAGCUGGUUGAUUAUUAACAAUGCAGUACGUGGUAUCCACUACUGCUGAAGGUGUCAGGACCAUGACGACUCCCAAAAUGUGUAUAUAUUGGGUCAGAGAAGAGAGUAAUAUUUAUAUUUCAAGGAGUAUUUUUCUUCUGAUUUUUCCUCUUACUGUCUUUUUUUCCACUUAUUUAUUGUUUCCCCAAAUACCUCAUGGCAUUUUAAACCUCUGUGUACAGUAUUUUCUAUAUAUUUUAAAUCAAGUCUGAAAGUAAAGCCAAUACUUAAAAUUGAACUAACACACAAUUUAAAUUUGUUUUCGAUGAGGAUGCACACAUUUUAUGAUAAUCCUUCAGUAAUUGAAUUUCCCACUGAAAGUGUUGGAUGGUUGCUAUCCUGUGCACUGAGUUGUGUGUCAGGUGUUAGAUGAUAUCAACGCACGUCUCAAGCACCUGUCAGUAGGAAGGCUUUCCCAUAUGUGAUCUAUAUAAAUCUGUGCUACAUGGUAGUAGCACUCACUUUAGUAGACAUGUGUUAUGAACUGAAGCCCAGGAUGGGAGCACAGAAAUAGAUUUAAGAAAUGAGAGUUGUGAAGAAAAAUUAAGAGGCAAUAGGCAAGAAGGUGAAAAUAUAGCAUCCCUGUCUUCUCGCUAUCUCACAUGAAUUAAUGGAAAUAAAGAAAUAUUGACAUGUA